CCUCUUACCUACGGAUACAGUCUCUCUCUCCGCCUCCUCCACUGCCUUAACCGUGCGUUUUACCUAACUCCCCCAGAGGGCACCUUUUCGCCUCACACAUACCCUCUCUCCUCCGAGGUACCUUUUCUGCGUACUCGAGGUCCAAGGUACCACCAAGCAAAGGACGGACUAAGAAAAGACGAUAGAAACAUCAAUCGCUCGUUGACGACCUCUCGUCACCUAACCCUUCCAGCAUUCCAUUCUCGCCUGCACCAACACCCAACUGCCCAGCCUAACUUGGGGGACUCGCCCAGGAUUUGGGUGCAGCCGAUCGAGCCCACACUAAAUCUCCCUACGGCCAGCAACGAACGCCUCAUAACAGAACCGCCGCGCCUUCGCCCACACUCCUUUGAUCGUCCUCGACCCGGCCCCCUUUUCCCCCCUUCUCAGCUGGCGUUGGUGCUGGACUUGGGCUACGACACGCACUCCUGCGACCAGGACGUUUCUAGGUUUUGCAUCGCAUAGCCUCGCAUCAAUACAUACUCUCUGGUUUGCACUGUCUUGCUCUUGGGCUUUAUUUUCCUCGCCCCUUCACUGCACCACGCACGCCGCUUUUUGGUCUUUUGGACGACACAAGAGGCCAAAGGAGGGGAAAGCGGAAGAAAAAGAGUGGUCGGUCGCUGGCAAGCAUUUCAGCUAUUGCUCCAAACGUCGCCCUGCUGGUUGCUCCACUGCCACAAGCCAACAACCUAACCUCGACGACCCCGACUUGGUUCCCCCCGACCCUCUCCUCACACUCGCCCUCACCCUGAACCCCGACUAUUCGUACUCGACCGACUCUCAAUCCCACUUUCACUUCCGACUGCCACUUCUCUCCAACCGCCAUCCUCAGCCCAGCGCCUGCGACGUGGUCAGCCGUCUUCCACCAGUCACGCGAGUAGCUGCCCGCUAUUACCCGACUUAUUUACUUUCGUCCAGCAGUACGAUACCGCCGCUGUGCGACAACGAUCCUUUUCUUCAAUUCUCGACCCUAGUACAUACAUAUCACCUAGCCAUUCCACCACAACCACCCCCCGGCAUUUUAACCAUCCAGCUGAUGCCGGCCAACAAUUUUCUGGCAAUUCCCACGUCCGACACUCGAGGCUGACGGGCCGCUUCUCAAUUCACUCCGCCCUACCAGCCAAGAAUCGCAAUCGACCACACCAAAUAGGGAGAGUAUCGACACGAAAAGAGUACCGCAGCAUGGCGUCGGAUUACGACCACGGGGCGCCUGACGACCGCUUGCAGGCCCACCCUGCCGCCCCUAUGGAACUCGGCUAUCCUGGCGAUCGAGGUUGGCAACAACAGCAGCAGCAGCAGCAGCAGCAGCAGCAGCAGCAGCAGCAGCAGCAACAACAACAACAACAACACAAUGGGGGAAGGAGAACCCCCGACAACAGUUAUCGCACACAGCAACACUCGCGCUCACCGGGCCCUAGAACACCUGGCAGAGAUGGCGAACCGAGACGGAGCGGUGAACGCAGCAGAUCCAAGGGAAGAGGUGGGCGGUCAGCCAGCGGUCAACAGAGAAUAUGCAAGAAGUGUGGAGAGCCGCUCACCGGCCAAUUCGUGCGCGCACUGGACGGGACUUUCCAUCUAGACUGCUUUAAGUGUCGUGACUGCGGCCAGAUUGUAGCCUCCAAGUUCUUCCCCGUCGACGACGAAAAUGGCGAGGGUCAGUACCCGCUCUGCGAGACAGACUAUUUCCGCCGGUUGGGUCUUCUUUGCUACAAGUGUGGUGGUGCCCUUCGAGGCUCUUACAUCACUGCGCUCGACCGAAAGUAUCACGUCGACCACUUCACAUGCUCUCUUUGUCCCACCGUCUUUGGCGCCCAGGACAGCUACUACGAGCACGAUGGCAAUGUCUACUGCCACUAUCACUACUCGACGCAGUUCGCGCAGAGAUGCAACGGCUGCCAGACUGCGAUCCUCAAGCAGUUUGUGGAGAUCUACAGAAACGGCCAGAACCAGCACUGGCAUCCUGAGUGCUACAUGAUACACAAAUUCUGGAACGUGCGACUAACGCAGCCGAGCGAUUCCUCUGAGGGACCCCAGGAGACCGACGAUCCCGCCGCUCGCGAAAUCAUUAGGGAGGAGGAGGAGCGCAUGGAAGAAAAAGUCUAUCGCAUCUGGAGCGUCUUGUCGACCUUUGAGGAGUCAUCUGCGGCCUGCAUCUCCGACAUGCUUCUCCACGUGAGCAACGGCGCCUACGUCGAUGGUGUCCUCGUCGCUAAGAAAUUCAUCUGGCACGUCGAAAUUUUGUUUCAGUCUGCGGAUCGCCUUGACUACUCCAUGGACCAGCUGAAGCUGAAGGGAUUGUCGUACGGACGUGAGGCCAAGCUUCUGUGCAAGAAGAUAGUGUCUUUCUUUUCCCUUUUGUCCAAGACUCAGGACACGGGAGCUCGAAAGCUUGGCGUCACGCAGGAGCUGCUGUCUCUCGUCACAGGCCUUGCUCAUUACCUCAAACUUCUCAUUCGGAUCUGCUUGCAGGGAGCGCUACGCCUCGAAAAGGAGUCUAAGAGCUCCGACGGCAUCUAUCAAUUCCUGGACGAUCUCAGCGAGCUGGAUACUGCCAAGCCUGACGACAAUACUCUGCAGGCCAUUACCGGAAACUCGCGACUUUCGGCAAAGGACUCGGACCACUGUGCGCUCUGCAGCAAGUCCGUCGAGGACGAAUGCGCCAAACACUCUGACAGGCGCUGGCACAUUGCCUGCGUGAGCUGCUCACGCUGCACCAGGGACAUCGGCCGCAAACUGGAAGAUGCCCACUACAAUGCGUUUGAUAAGAAGAUCUACUGCAACAACUGCAUCGGUGCAAACAACGAGGACAUGCCUCCUUUCGAACACGUCACCAAAUUGCAGCAGUACGUUUUUCUGCUCAAGGUGGCACUGGCGAGAUUGUUGGACAUCCUACGGAGCAAUGGCGCUUUGCCUCGGCAGGACGAUGACCAGAACAUGGAUGGCUAUGGCCCGGGCGAGGGUUCCCGGACUCUGGCCCCAGGGGAGGCGCCCUAUCUAAACUCGGACAACCGCUCGAAAUCGUACGCUGGAGAUCAGCGGGAGCACAAUCGCGAGUCUUCCUACGAGAACACGCUGAACGAUGUUCGCCGGCUGAGAAGCACGCGGCUCGACAAGCAUUUGUCAUCGAGCUUCAGAAAGGCGAGAACCUCGCGCAUCAUGGAUGGCCCAGAGGGCCGCAGUGUCCGCCCAGGAUCGGCAGGCGAGGACGCGGGACGAGCCGAUGGGGACCUCCAGAUUGUUGAAGAUAGACGUGGCCCAAACGAUGAAGGCACGACGGACAAAAUGUUUAACCACCAGGAUGCCCUGACUCUCGAUGAUAUCCCGCGGAUCGUCGCCGCUGAACAGGUCAAAGAACAACAGUACAAACCCGGCCGGCAAGAACUUUUCCGAUCCCCUGCGACCGAUCCCAUGGGGCACCAAAGAUCGCAGUCUGCCGGCAGAGAGGCAGAGAUCCGCAUGGGCGAUCCGAUGCCCCAGCGACUCGGCCGAAAGUACUUUUCGGAACUGUCAGGCCUGGAAUAUUUUAUCGUGCGCCACCUGGCAGUCUUGACUCUGGCGCCUGCUGUCGAGAACGAGUUCUCUUUGGAUGAGCUGUUGAGCUUCAUUGAACUGAGGAAGCAGCCCACUUUCUGGAAGAACCUCGGCAAAGCUUUCAAAAACGACAGACCCAAGAAUGUCAAGAAGAAGGGCAUUUUUGGGGUGCCGCUGGAUGUUAUCAUCGACAAGGACGGUGCUGAAUCGACAGACGGUGUGGGCCCUGGAACUCUCAAGAUACCGGCCAUUAUCGACGACCUCAUUUCCUCCAUGAGAAAGAUGGACUUGUCGGUUGAGGGCGUGUUCCGAAAGAACGGAAACAUCAAGAAGCUGUCCGAGCUGUGCGAGAGGAUCGACCGGGAAGGUUGUGACAGCAUCAACUUCAUGGACCAGCCAGUAGUCCAAGUCGCCGCCUUGCUGAAGCGAUACUUGCGCGAACUUCCCGACCCGCUCAUGACCUUCAAGCUCCAAAAGCUUUGGAUUGCCGUCGCCAAGAUCCAAGACGAUGCAAAGCGCAAACAAUACCUGCAUCUUAUCUGCUGCCUGCUGCCCAAGCCCCACCGAGAUUGCUUGGAGAUCUUGUUCUGCUUCUUGAAAUGGGCUGGGUCCUUCCACCAAGUUGACGAAGAAGCUGGGUCCAGGAUGGACAUCAAGAACCUGGCGACUGUCAUUGCGCCCAAUAUCCUCUACAGUAGCAACAAAGCGCCUACUCUGGACAGCGACCCCAUGUUUGCCAUUGUGGCUGUGAACGACAUGAUCACCUCUAUUGAAGAGAUGUGUUUGGUUCCUGAUGAGCUCAUGGAUCUGGUCAACGAUCCAUUUGUCUUUGGCAACACUGCAGACCUCACCACAAAGGACAUCCUCAAGCGCUACCAAGACCGUAUGGGCCAGCGAUCGGGGCUUGGUGGUGACGUCAGCGAGGUGUUUAACAGACCUGACAACUCGACUCGGCCCCCUCCCCGACGGGUUGAAACCGACCCUGCUCUGUGGCAACAGCAAGAGAGCAGUGUGCGUCCGGUGCAGGACCCGCCCAUGCCAAUCCCCCCGUUCAACCCAGCCAAUCCAGGCACGCCGCCACAGAGAUGGCGAGCACAACAAGAAGAGAACGGCCACCCGUCUCCCUAUAGCGGAGGGGGCCAGUUUGAGCAUUCCGAUGCCGAAGGCCCUACUGAGGCACAGAAGAGAGAAUGGCGCCAAUCCGGUGGGGUUUGGGGAAGACAGAACGGUGGUGUCGGUGUUGGUGGAAACUUAUAAGUCCAGCUUUGCUACCUACACAACACACGCAAUCCACGCAACCCACGCAACCCACACAACUACCACACAUACACAAACACAAUGGCAGACUGAUGCUUGCUAUCCACACGCGUCACAGUCACAAAGCAGCCUGCUGUCUGGUCUGUAUUACUUACUGCGUAUUCCCUCCAUCGGAACCUGCAAUUUGGGGUUUCAAGAGUCACAUAUUCAUGCAUUGUUGGCGGCGUUCCCAACCUUUUUUCCCCACUGAAAUGACAGAAAAAGAAAAGACUUCUUUUUGUGCACGAUAAGGCGGCAUGAAUGAUUAUUCUUUUCUUGGGGAGUACCGUCGUUUCUCUCUUCCAACCAAGCUUCUUCCAACCCUUUUACUCUGGCUUCUCCGAGAGCAAAGCAUCAAACCAGCAUGGAACAAGAGUCCACGGUCUGCCAGUGUUCUUUCACAAAAGAUGGUCCUGAAAAUGUUGUUUUCAGGAACGAGGGAGGAUUGAAGGGAUUGGUUUGGCUUGAUCUUGGCUGGCUUGGAGUAUCGGUCUAAGGGGCUUGUCAACUUGUCGACAAGCAUUGCUGGCUUGAUUGACUGACCAUCUUGAGCUGGACAGCAAGCCUCUUCUUCAUAUUCUUGGCUCGCGCGCGAGACCUACCAUAGCUUCGCUUCUUUGUUGGAACGAUUGAGAUGUCGGAUUGCAUUUGUGGGAGGAUUUUCGGAGGCGGGAGAGGAAGAGAGAGCCAGAAGAGAGUGCCAGAUUUGCGCGCAUAUGGGGAGGGUGUUGAGAGGCAUGGAGGGAGUGGUGGAAAACCAAAAAGUCGUCUGUUUCUCGCUCCGACUCUGAAGAUCGCAUGGCAGAGAGGACGUAUUUUCUCUCAAAGUACCCAGGUAGCUAUGGAAGAGGGGGCGAGAGAAGCAGCCAGGCAGCCCCGCAAAUACGAACCGGACAGGCCGAUUGUUGCCUGCAAGUUUCCCUCUAAUUGAUGAUUCUACACAUGCCUGUGUGGCUUUAUCUGUGUGCG